AUGUGUGACCAGCAGAAGCAAGCACAAUUCCCUCCAUCUUGUGUGACAGGGACAGGAUUGGGAGCUGGGCAAAGUACCAAAUGUACGUCUGUGAAGUGCCCAGCUCCAUGCCAGACUCAAACUGUUGUGAAGUGCCCAGCUCCAUGCCAGACUCAAACCUACGUUAAAUGCCCAGCUCCGUGCCAGACCCAAACCUACGUGAAGUGUCCAGCACCAUGCCCAGCUCCAACUGUUGUGAAAUGCCCAGCUCCGUGCCAGACUCAAACCUACGUGAAAUACAUAACUCCCUGCCAGACGUACGUGAAGUGCCCAGCUCCGUGCCAGACGACUUAUGUGAAGUACCCAGUCCCCUACCAGACCCAGACGUACUAUGUCCAGUACCCCUCAUCUUACCAGACCUACUACGGUCAGGCUACAGCAAGUGGCGCGUCCAGCCAGUGCAGUAUUCCUGACCCCUGCUCUGCUCCCUGCUCCACCAGCUACUGCUGCCUGGCUCCCCGGACCUUCGGGGUGAGUCCCCUGCGGCGCUGGGUGCAACGGCCCCAGGCUUGCAACUCGGGAUCUUCGGGCUGCUGUGAGAGCUCCGGGAGCUGCGGCUCUGGGUGCUGCCUUUCUCGGGGCUGUGGUUCUGGGGGCUGCGGGUCUGGAGGCUGCAGCCACGGGGGCUGUAGCUCCGGGUGCUGUGGCUCUGGGAGCUGCUGUUUGGGAAUCAUUCCCAUGAGGUCCCGGGGUCCAGCAUGCUGUGAUCGUGAGGAUGACUGCUGCUGUUAAAUAAGAUGAACUGCUCUACUCCAGAAUUCACUGCCCUACUCUACAGCCUGGAACACUCACACCCACCUAUAGCCCUGGUGACACAGAAUCUCACUGCUUCACCUCUGUGCUUUGCUUCUUUAUCAAGGCAGCCUGCCAGAGUUAGUGCAACCCCCCAAACUUUGGCAAGAAUAAA